AUGGGGCCUCGUAUUUAUAAUGACGGAGCGGUAGCGCGAGCAUGUUGGCUGGAACGUAAAAUGGUGAAAAGCAGCAGGAGCGUGAGCGUGAGCCGAGGGAUCGUAACACUGGAGCUCAAGGAUAAACCAUGGACUCUGCAUACAUCCCACCACACCUGGACGUCCACCAUGUUCCCUGCUAACCUCCUGCUCCUCAUGGUCCUGCUGCUACCUCAAGCCACGUCUGGUCGCCAGGGUGGAGAAACCAGCAAGAUUGACCAUGGCAGGGUGUCCCCCCCACCAGCUGGGUCCCUCCUCCUGGAGCCCAGCCUGGCUCAGACCAUCCAGAACCUCCUCCUGAGCCGACUGGGCCUGCAGUCGCAGCCUGACCCUCGGCCUGGAGUGCCGGUGCCCAGGUACCUCCUGGAUCUUUACCGCUUCCACCAGCAGCAGUACCAUCUCGUGGAGGACCCUUCUUUUAGCUUCCCAAGCCAGCACAUCCAGCAGGCUAACACCGUACGCAGCUUUCACCACAAUGAGCUCCUUGGAGAGAGUCCCACAGCAGAGGAUCAUAGAAGGGUGCACAUCUCCUUCAAUGUUUCCUCCAUCCCUCAGGAUGAGAGGGUGCUCUCUGCUGAGCUCCGACUCCUCCGCAGUGACAGAGCCUCCCUGGGUCCAGGCUACCACAGACUAAACCUAUACCUCACUGAGCAUCAUGAGGACCCUGAGCCCAGCCUGCUGGAAACAAGGUUACUCACAGCUGGCCUCCACAGUCAUAAAGCAGGUGGUUUCUGGGAGGCUUUUAGCCUAAGUGCAGAGCUUCUCCAUAAGGCCCUUGAUGGGUCUGGCAGUCUGGGUUUCCUCCUGGAGGUCAGACCUGAGAACAGCUCCACCUCGCUCCCUGUGCAGAGCUUCUCCUCCGCUGCAGGUGAGGAGGGACACAAGCAGGGACACCUGAGGGUUUGCAGGUCUGUGGGUCAGGACGAGCACAGCUGGGCCCAGGAGAGACCCCUCUUAGUCACUUAUAGUCAUGACGGGCGUGGAGAGCCCUUAGUCAAACAUGGCAGGAGGACCCCCAGUGGAGGACAGAGGAUGAGAGGGAGAAAAGGGACAAAAGAGAGGGCCAGGAGCAGCACCAAGGGCCGCAAUAGAGACCAAGCCUCGGGGAGGGCCAAAAAAACAGGCUAUGCCGUGCCUGGCUGGGGUGGUGGUAAAGGAGCGGUCAGCUGGAGCGAACGUGGAAGGGUGAAAAGAAAUGGCGGUCGGGCUGCAAAACUGAAACGCCUUUCCCGUAACAGAUGCCGCCGCCAUCCUCUAUAUGUAGAUUUCAACGAUGUGGGCUGGCACAAGUGGAUCAUUGCACCCAGCGGCUACGACGCCUUCUUCUGCCUGGGAGAGUGUCGCUUUCCUCUGGCCGACCACAUGAACUCCUCUAGCCACGCCAUGGUGCAAACCCUGGUGAACUCUGUGAAUGGAGCAGUGCCCCGGGCCUGCUGCGUCCCCACCUCCCUCAGCCCCAUCGCCCUGCUCUACCUGGACCCUCAAGACCGAGUGGUGCUGAAGAACUACCAGGACAUGGUGGUGGAGGGCUGCGGCUGCCGGUAGUGGGCUGGAGAACUCACCCCAGAAAGAGCCAGACGUAGACAGAGGAGCAUCGUGGGAAUAGAAGAAAGACAGAAACAUGAAAAGGCAGAGGGUGGUUGAAAGAGAAGACUGUAGAAGCCAACAGACAUGCUGAUAUGAGAUAAAUGCAACAGCGUAAGAAGGAUGAGUGGAGAGGAGGGAAAUAAGAGAAUGCAGCUAAAUCUUCAUUAUCAGGAGCAAGGAAAGGGGUCAGACAUAGAAAGAGAGAGAGAAAGAGUGAGAGAAGCAGAUAGAAUCUGCCACACAACAGGAUAAAUGAUGAGACAAUAAGUCAGACGAAGCAGAAAUAUGGGCAACACUGCCAGGAAUUACUUUUCACUUUUCCACAUUUAGCGAUGAUGCAGCUGUUUACACCAUCAACCAACUCGAUCUCAUACGAGGAGCCUGCGCUUUAACAACAGAUGGUGUCUAUUCUAUAUCCCAGUGUUAGCCACUCAUCUCACUUCUCACACGACUAUCUGACAAAUGUGUUUAGCAGCCGAAAUGGUAAGCAUUCAGAGUAGGCACACUCUUUAAGCUCUGGAGCAGAAUCCUGUAGCUUCUCGAUGGACUUCCUGAUGAUCAACAGCAUUAGCAAUAUGACGAUGACACUAGCACGGCAUCUAAACUCUGUGUGACUGUGUUGUUUCUGCAGUAUUUCAACCGAGAAGUAGGGUGCAUCUGUUUUUAUGAAUAAUGACUGUCCGCUCACAAGCACCCCUACAUCACAAGCUAUUUAAAACCACAACAAUAAUGCUGAAGAACUAUUAUGCUAUUGUUUGAAUGUACUACUAUCACUAUUAUUUAAAAAGAAAAAAAAAAGGAGACUUUUUUUUGUAUAUUUCUUUUGCAGACAUGAAGAAAAUCCAAGUGACGAUUGUUUUGUGAUUAUACAUAAUUCCACUGAAUGGCAAUUCUAACUUAAAAGACACAUUAUGUAUUUAAAUAGCAGCAAUAUGGUGUAUUUAAUCUUGAAAAUAUUUAAGAUACCUGCACUCAACAGAGCAUACAGCAUACUGAAAGCCUGCCGUCCACAUGAAGUAAGUUAUGGUAGCUUUACAUCCGUACAAAUGUUCAGUGUAUUGAGUCAACAGUCUGUGUUAUUUCCCACCUCAUCAUUGCACACAUUUUGGUGUCCUACACAUGAUAGCAGACAUAAGUCGUGUUGCCUUUAAAAGCUCAACUAACAAGUCAAUUGAAAGCUGUGUGUAAUGUAGCUACUGAAGUGUGUAACAACAGGUGUCUUUGCUAGUUGUGUCUGCAUGUGUCAAGAAAAAAAGGAGGAUUGACAUUAAAACUGGGACUUUAGUGCCUUUCAAACAGGGGCUUUAAAAGUGUUCUCUGCUGAGCUUAGUAAUUGUUUUUCAGUGUUGCAGUGGAAACAUUAAAGCAUCAGCUUGUAAAAUGUUUGACAAUAUACCUCUAAUAAACAAA